AUGAGGCGUAUUGAGCGCCUUUCCGAAAGCGUCAUCAACCGCAUUGCCGCCGGAGAAGUUGUGCAGCGGCCGAGCGCGGCGCUGAAGGAGCUGCUGGAAAACGCACUGGACGCGGGGAGUACCUCGAUUCAGGUGCUCGCGCAGGAUGGCGGGUUGCAGUUGCUGCAGGUGGCCGACGAUGGCCAUGGCAUCUGCUAUGAUGAUCUACCGCUUCUAUGCGAGCGCUACGCCACCAGCAAGCUGCGUGCGUUCGAGGACUUGAGCCGAAUCAGUUCCUUUGGCUUCCGCGGUGAGGCGCUGAGCUCCAUCUCAUAUGUGUCAAGAGUGACCGUUACAACAAUGCGUCGCGCUGUACCCGACGAGACAUCCGCAGGCACACUGGCGUGGCGUUGCCACUUCAUGGAUGGGGCUAUGCAAGGGGAACCGAAGCCGUGUGCUGGCAACCCCGGCACCUGUAUACGCGUGGAGAAGAUGUUCUACAACGCUGUUGUGCGUCGACGCGCACUGAGCCGCCCCUCGGAGGAGUACAGUCGCAUUGUUGCAAUCGUGUCGCGAUACGCCUUGGCGUUCCCACAUGUUGCAUUCUCGUGUCGCCGUGAAGAAGGAAGCAUCAGCAACGGUGGAAAGGCGGAGGUGGUAUUUCCCAAGGAAUCCACAACACUCGCAAACAUUCGCCUCUUCCACGGCGCGGUGAUCGCGUCACACCUGCACGAGUUGCGAUGUGUGGGCUCUCGUGCAGAUACUUGCUCACCUGCAGACGUGCUGGCAACAACGGGUGACGCAGGAGCAGACUGCUUUCACAUUACUGGCUACACGAGUGGCCUGGCCCUCCCCAACCGCAAGUCGUACCUCUGUCUGUUCGUCAACAGCCGGUUGGUAGAGAGCGCUGUGGUGAGGCGAGCGUUGGACACGGUGUACAGCGGUGUGCUGACGGGUGGAAACCAUCCAUUCACUGUGCUUUUUAUCACGGUGCCCCCCGAUCGUGUGGAUGUGAACAUUCACCCCACGAAGCACGAAGUCUGCUUGCUCGACGAGGAGAUAAUCGUCGCACGGCUGUCGGAGGCAGUUCGUGCUGCACUGAUGGACUCUGCAGCACGCCGGCAAAUAAAUACACGGCCGAUUCUUGCCAAGGCAGCGGCGCUUGGUGACAGAGGGGCCCAGUUGCAACAACUUUCAUCGUCACUGCCCGCUGCAGGUGGUGUGACGGCAGCGCCUUGCACGCUUGUGCGAGUAGAGCCGCAGCGUGGCGCACUCGACGCGUAUAUGCGGCGUGCAUCGGUACUCCCGGGGGCGGAGGGGAAUACGGUGCUCUUGGACGACAAUGACGGCGGCGACAAGGAUGGUGAGCGUAAACAUUCCGGAGCCUCGGAGGCAGUGGCCCUCGUCAAGACAGAAGUUGUGGAGUCCCGGGAAGAACAAGGUGCGCGGGUGAUGACGGUUGCGGCAACGACAGCCGUGGAGACGGACGCUCCCCCAACAACAGCUUCACUUGUUGCCUCUAUCAUGAGGCUGGGUGGUGGUGGUGGUGGUGCGAACAGCGCGGAUGAUGCAACGAAGGAGGAAGAUGAUGAAGAUGAAGAGGAAGAGGACGGUGGUUACGUAAUGCAACACUUCAAACGCCACAGGAGGGAAAUACACGAAGCGGUUGGCUCAGCGGAUGGAAGUGGUGAGCCAACAACAACAGCGCCAGAAAGAGGAACGGGAAAAGAAACUGCAGUUGUGGAAACGGAUCUCGUGACUGAUGGAAUCUUGAAGGUUACUCCCGACAACUGUGAGGAUCUUCUUCUUACGAGUGUGGCGACUAUCGUGGCGUUUAUCCGCCAGGCGACUUCCCCUACUGCCCAGUCGCUUUUUGAAAAACUUGCAUAUGUGGGCGUGGUGAAUGGACGCUUUUUCCUUGCGCAGUCCGGGACGACGCUCUACGCCAUCGACACACUUCGCCUUGUGAGGCUUGUGGUGUACCAGCGCAUCUUUCUGCGGUGGGCGGCAGCGUCGGUGCCGGCGCCGCCACAGCUAGUGCUGCAAGAUCCCGUAAAGGUGUCAGACCUGCUGCGCUUUGCAUUACAGCAGGACGUGCAGUUGCCGUCUGGUACUGCCCCGUGCGAGGACACGCAGCGGAUUGUCACUCGGAUGGAACGGCGCCUGCGGCACUGGCGUUGCAUGCUGCAGGAGUACUUCGCCAUUGAAAUUACGGAUGACGGGCACCUUGUGGCGUUGCCAUUCGGGCUGAACGCGUCGUGGCCGCCUCCGCCGCGCGUUGUACCUCUUUUUGUGUGGCGUCUGGCUGCAGAGGUGCCGUACGAUGGCGGCGAUGAGGCCGCCUGUUUCACCGCCAUUGCGCGGCACAUCGCAGACACUCUCUACAGCCUGCGUCUGCACGAUGCGUGGUGCAGUGCGCCAGUGCCAGCCGAUGAUGCGGGGGAGGUGGCGCGGGACGGUGUGCCUUCGCUAGUCGACGCGAUUCGCUUCGGUCUCGUGCCGUGCGCGACCAGCAUGAAGUUCUUCGCCCCGCCGGCAGAUGCGUUGAUCGACGGUACAGUGCAGACAGUGGUGUCGGUGGAGGAACUCUACAAGGUGUUCGAACGCUGCUGA